AUGCUUGGGGCCGUAAAUUUUGUGGAGUCAGAGCUGGCUUCACUUUGGUACAAUGCUCAGGAAUAUUAUGACAAGCUUCCUGAAUUGAAGCAAGCUAUGGAUCAGAUCAAGAGUGGUUUCUUUUCACCACAACAACCUGACCUGUUCAAAGAUUUGGUCAACAUGUUGUUCUACCAUGACCGAUUUAAAGUUUUUGCAGACUACGAAGCUUACGUCAAGUGCCAAGACAGUGUCAGUCAACUCUAUAUGAACUCCAAAGAAUGGACCAAAAUGGUCAUCAGGAACAUUGCAGCAUCUGGGAAGUUUUCCAGUGACAGGACCAUCAAAGAAUAUGCUCGUGAUAUCUGGAAUGUGGAACCUUCUGAUCUCAAGAUCCCACCACCCAAUGUACCUCGCGAUGUUGCUGAUGAGAUGCUGGCCAAUGAUUCAGCUGAAAAGUUGCGCGUGUGAAUCUGAGAAGUCCUGCAAGGCUUAACUCCGCAUGGAUAACGCACAGUACCCUACACUGGGGAAAGCAUGCGUAGAUUUCUUUCGAAAAUAACGGUAAUCAAGUGGCCUCUUCUUCUCUCUUUUGCUUACAAGCACUGGGAGCAGUUGGGGAAUCUUAGGCAUUGUCUACAUUUAUCUGCUCUCUCCCUUCCCUUCUUAGGGAACUCUGGGAAUUGUUCCCAAAGCUUUUGCUCUAGUACAUUCUAUUUCAUCUAAUGGAUCCUAAGUUGUGCCAGACCAUUUAUUUCUCAUGCUAGCUGAUAUUCUCACUGGACAUGCUAGGUACCAGUCCCAGCACCACUAGAGUACCAGCUUGAGGUAGGCCACCCAAACUGUUCAAAGGGCGCAUUUUUUUACUAAUUUAUAGUGGGUGUUAUAAAAAAUACCAUUAGCAAACCAAAUAAUCUGUUCACUCAAUUGUUGUCUUUUAAUGAAAAUGAAAGGGCUUGUCCAUGAUGUGUAUUCAUAAAGUGAACUAUUAGCAGAAAGAAUACAUUUUAAAGAGAGGAAGGCGUCGACGCAGAAUUCGUAGUUUUAUAUAGAAUCUGGAGUAUCUGUUCUUCCUUCAAGGGGUGAUCAUGUGCUCACCUACUUCACAAUGAUAAUUGAAAUAAUGAUAAUUGUUUGAAGUGUUCUGAAGAAAUACCUUAUACUUUUCAGCAAGUAUUAAAUACAGCACUGAGCCUUUGAGGAAGUUGCCCUUUGUAGUGCACUAUAAAUCAAAUUGAUUCAGCUGUGAGCCAGAAGACACGCUGUCACAGAAAGGAUGUUUUGCUGAAAUAAGGCUUAUAGUAGCCAAGAUGAGGUGCAUUGGAAAGAAGAAACCUUUGGUAGGCUCAAAAACUCCUGUAUUUUUGCCCUGUAAUGUUGUCCUGUAAUGUCCUGUAAUGUACACCUGCAAACUCACAUGAUAAAAUAAACUAAAAUCCACUUUUUUAUCUUCC